AUGAUAACCAGGCCUGAGGAAGUGGAUAUCAUGUAUCGCUCCCCUGUGCCUGGCUCACUUGCUUCUUUUGGCUCGCAGCAGAAACAGUUCAUAGUGCCCAAGAGGGAUCAGGGGAGGGGCAGCCAUAGGCAUACAGCAAGUAUUGCAAGUCUUAUUAGAGGAGAUGAGAGGGGUCCAGAGGAUGGUUGGAGUCCUGUGUCUGGCGUGUUCGUCAUUCCUCAUGGAUGGGAUAGUAGGGUUUAG